UGUACACUAAAAAAGAGGAUGUUGAAUUUAAUAUAAUUCGAUCAUUUUGCGAAAGACUAGAUUUAGGUUUCUUACCACUCGUUCAAGAUCUGCGCCAGGAUAAGGAAAAUAAAACAGCAGAUGGAGUUAGUUUUAAAAUAGAAAUGAAUCGGAAUGUUAUAGAUUUCACUGAUGUAACUGCAAAGAAUAAGCGACUGGAUUUUAUAGUCUGGAUAAAAAAUAUUUUAGUAUUUAAAGUAGAAGAAAAAGCGACUUCUUCAAACUUUGAAGAGGCACAGCAAGAAUUAUUAGAGAAAAUGGAUAAUUGGAAUAAUUCAUUCUAUGGCCCAAUUCCAUAUCUUUUAUCCUACGCAGCAGGAGAGACAUCACUACAGUUCUUUGCAAUAACAAAUAAAAAGCAGCUGAUUCCAAUUAGCUCUCAAUAUGAUUUGGGAUCGCCAUUAGGACGAAUUAAUGUUUUAAUUUCAUCAUUUAACAUAUUUCGGCUACUAGUUACGGUUCACAAUUUUUUACCCGCAAAUGGCACUCCUUUAUAUAAGCAAAUCAAAUGGAACUUUGAUACAUAUAUUACCAUAUUAUCUGAAGACACGGUUUUAAAAGAAAUAAAAUGCUUUAACAAAUAUAUCAAUUUUGAUACUUUGAAAGAAGUCUAUGCGACAAUAUCAAAAUCUAAAUAUGCAGUAUUUGCUAAAGAAGGACCACUAUUGAAACAAAGUAAAAGUGGAAAUUUUAAUGAAACUUAUUUUGUUCAGCUAACACUAGUCUGCCAUAAACGUUUACCACAUAAUGAAAAAGAAUUACGUGAUGCUAUUUUAGCAAUACUCAACGUAUUGAAUCUUCUCCACAGAAAGAGCCUGGUGCACCAAGAUAUACGUUGGGACAAUAUAUUAAUUAAUAGUAAUAAUUGGUUACUAUCUGAUUAUGAGCACGUAGGGCGAAAUGGGCAAAAAUCUGAAUUCCAUCUUGAUCAUUGGCUAGACAAUGCAUACAAUGGGUAUGACUAUAAGUGUGAUUUGUUUUUAGUUGGUAAAUUGUUUGGUCGAUUGUUGUUCAGUUUUUCCUCGGAUGCACAAGAACUUAGUUACUAUUUGCAACAACAGAGAUUUGAUAAUUGUAAUGAG